AUCUUUUAAACUGGGAAGAUUUAUAUUUUAUUUUAAAACUUCUUGAUAUUUACAAUGAAUGGACACAGUGAUGAAGAAAGUGUUAGAAACAGUAGUGGAGAAUCAAGCCAGUCGGAUGAUGAUUCUGGGUCAGCUUCCGGCUCUGGAUCUGGUUCGAGUUCUGGAAGCAGUAGUGACGGAAGCAGUAGCCAGUCAGGUAGCAGCGACUCAGACUCUGGAUCCGAAUCGGGCAGUCAGUCGGAGUCUGAGUCAGACAAUUCCCGAGAAAAUAAAGUUCAAGCAAAACCACCGAAAGUUGAUGGAGCUGAGUUCUGGAAAUCUAGCCCUAGUAUUUUGGCCGUUCAGAGAUCUGCAAUGCUUAAGAAGCAGCAGCAGCAGCAGCAACGUCAAGCUUCAUCUAAUAGUGGAUCAGAGGAGGAUUCCUCUAGCAGUGAAGAUUCCGAUGACUCAUCCAGUGAGAUCAAAAGGAAAAAGCAUAAAGAUGAAGAUUGGCAGAUGUCUGGAUCGGGGUCACCCUCUCAGUCUGGUUCGGAUUCGGAAUCUGAAGAAGAAAGAGAUAAAAGCAGUUGUGAUGAAACAGAAUCAGAUUAUGAGCCAAAAAAUAAAGUUAAAAGUAGAAAACCUCAAAACCGAUCUAAGUCAAAAAAUGGAAAAAAGAUUAUUGGACAAAAAAAGAGACAGAUUGAUUCAUCUGAGGAGGAGGAGGAGGAUGAAGAAGAAUAUGAUAAUGAUAAAAGAAGCUCUCGUCGCCAAGCAACUGUCAAUGUUAGCUAUAAGGAAGAUGAAGAAAUGAAAACAGAUUCUGAUGACCUCCUGGAAGUCUGUGGAGAGGAUGUUCCUCAACCUGAGGAAGAGGAAUUUGAAACAAUAGAACGGUUUAUGGAUUGUCGGAUUGGAAGAAAAGGAGCUACUGGUGCUACUACAACCAUCUAUGCAGUUGAAGCAGAUGGUGACCCAAAUGCAGGAUUUGAAAAAAACAAGGAACCAGGAGAGAUCCAGUAUUUAAUUAAAUGGAAAGGAUGGUCACAUAUCCACAAUACUUGGGAGACAGAGGAAACCCUUAAGCAGCAAAAUGUUAGAGGAAUGAAAAAAUUAGAUAAUUAUAAGAAAAAAGAUCAGGAAACAAAAAGAUGGUUGAAAAAUGCUUCUCCAGAAGAUGUGGAAUAUUAUAAUUGCCAGCAAGAACUUACAGAUGAUCUCCAUAAGCAGUAUCAAAUAGUGGAACGAAUAAUUGCUCAUUCCAAUCAGAAGUCAGCUGCUGGCUAUCCUGAUUAUUAUUGCAAAUGGCAGGGUCUUCCAUACUCAGAGUGCAGCUGGGAAGAUGGCGCUCUUAUUUCCAAAAAGUUUCAAGCAUGCAUAGAUGAGUAUUUCAGCAGGAAUCAAUCAAAAACCACUCCUUUUAAAGACUGCAAAGUAUUAAAACAAAGGCCAAGAUUUGUAGCCCUAAAGAAGCAGCCAUCCUAUAUUGGAGGACAUGAAGGAUUAGAAUUAAGAGAUUAUCAACUGAAUGGUUUAAAUUGGCUUGCUCACUCUUGGUGCAAAGGUAAUAGUUGCAUACUUGCUGAUGAAAUGGGCCUUGGAAAAACAAUACAGACGAUCUCAUUUCUGAACUAUUUGUUUCAUGAACACCAAUUAUAUGGACCUUUUCUGUUAGUAGUACCACUCUCCACUCUCACUUCCUGGCAAAGGGAGAUUCAGACAUGGGCUUCUCAAAUGAAUGCUGUGGUUUAUUUAGGUGACAUCAACAGCAGAAACAUGAUAAGAACUCAUGAAUGGAUGCAUCCCCAGACCAAACGGUUAAAAUUUAAUAUACUGUUAACAACUUAUGAAAUCUUGCUGAAGGAUAAGGCAUUCCUUGGAGGUCUGAAUUGGGCAUUUAUAGGUGUGGACGAAGCACAUCGAUUAAAGAAUGAUGACUCUCUUCUGUAUAAAACUUUAAUAGAUUUUAAGUCCAAUCACCGUCUCCUUAUCACUGGAACUCCUCUGCAAAACUCCCUCAAAGAGCUCUGGUCUUUGCUACAUUUCAUUAUGCCAGAAAAGUUUUCUUCCUGGGAAGAUUUUGAAGAAGAACAUGGCAAAGGCAGAGAAUAUGGUUAUGCAAGCCUCCACAAGGAGCUUGAGCCAUUUCUGUUGCGGAGGGUUAAGAAAGAUGUGGAAAAAUCUCUUCCUGCCAAGGUUGAACAGAUUUUAAGAAUGGAAAUGAGUGCUUUACAGAAACAAUAUUACAAGUGGAUAUUAACUAGGAAUUACAAAGCCCUCAGCAAAGGUUCCAAGGGCAGUACCUCAGGCUUUUUGAAUAUUAUGAUGGAGCUAAAGAAAUGUUGUAACCAUUGCUACCUCAUUAAACCACCAGAUAAUAAUGAAUUCUAUAAUAAACAGGAGGCCUUACAACACUUAAUCCGUAGUAGCGGAAAACUAAUUCUUCUUGACAAACUGUUAAUUCGCCUAAGAGAGCGAGGCAAUAGAGUUCUUAUUUUUUCUCAAAUGGUGCGGAUGUUAGAUAUACUUGCAGAAUAUUUGAAGUAUCGUCAGUUCCCCUUUCAAAGAUUAGAUGGAUCAAUCAAAGGGGAGCUGAGGAAACAAGCUCUAGAUCAUUUUAAUGCUGAAGGAUCAGAGGAUUUCUGCUUUUUGCUUUCCACAAGAGCUGGAGGUUUAGGAAUUAACUUAGCCUCAGCUGACACUGUUGUUAUAUUUGAUUCUGAUUGGAAUCCACAAAAUGAUCUUCAGGCACAGGCUAGAGCUCAUCGAAUUGGGCAAAAGAAACAGGUGAAUAUUUAUCGUCUGGUUACAAAGGGAUCAGUUGAAGAGGAUAUUCUUGAAAGGGCCAAAAAGAAGAUGGUUUUAGAUCAUCUUGUGAUUCAAAGAAUGGACACAACUGGGAAGACAGUACUACACACAGGUUCUGCCCCUUCAAGUUCUACUCCUUUCAAUAAAGAAGAGUUAUCAGCCAUUUUAAAGUUUGGUGCUGAGGAACUUUUUAAGGAGCCUGAAGGAGAAGAACAAGAGCCCCAGGAAAUGGAUAUAGAUGAAAUCUUGAAGAGGGCUGAAACUCAUGAAAACGAAGCAGGACCUUUAACUGUAGGAGAUGAAUUACUUUCUCAGUUCAAGGUUGCCAACUUUUCAAAUAUGGAUGAGGAUGAUAUUGAGUUGGAGCCUGAAAGAAAUUCAAAGAACUGGGAAGAAAUCAUUCCUGAAGAUCAAAGACGACGAUUAGAAGAAGAGGAAAGACAAAAGGAACUUGAAGAAAUUUAUAUGCUCCCCCGAAUGAGAAACUGUGCAAAACAGAUUAGUUUCAAUGGAAGUGAAGGGAGGCGCAGUAGAAGUAGGAGAUACUCUGGAUCUGAUAGUGAUUCAAUAUCAGAAAGAAAAAGGCCAAAGAAACGUGGAAGACCACGAACUAUCCCUCGGGAAAACAUUAAAGGAUUUAGUGAUGCAGAAAUUCGGCGGUUUAUCAAGAGUUACAAGAAAUUUGGUGGCCCUCUGGAAAGAUUAGAUGCAAUUGCUCGAGAUGCUGAAUUAGUUGAUAAGUCAGAGACAGAUCUCAGACGACUAGGAGAGUUGGUACAUAAUGGUUGCAUUAAAGCUUUAAAGGACAACUCUUCAGGAACAGAACGAACAGGUGGUAGACUUGGAAAAGUAAAGGGCCCAACAUUCCGAAUAUCAGGUGUACAGGUGAAUGCCAAGCUGGUCAUCUCCCAUGAAGAAGAAUUAAUACCGCUGCACAAAUCCAUUCCUUCAGAUCCAGAAGAAAGAAAGCAGUAUAUCAUCCCAUGCCACACGAAGGCAGCUCAUUUUGAUAUAGACUGGGGCAAAGAAGAUGAUUCCAAUUUGUUAAUUGGUAUCUACGAAUAUGGAUAUGGAAGCUGGGAAAUGAUUAAAAUGGAUCCUGACCUCAGUCUGACACACAAGAUUCUUCCAGAUGAUCCUGAUAAAAAACCACAAGCAAAACAAUUACAGACACGUGCGGACUACCUCAUCAAAUUACUUAGUAGAGAUCUUGCAAAAAAAGAAGCUCAGAGGCUUUCUGGUGCAGGAGGUUCAAAAAGGCGAAAAGCAAGAGCUAAGAAGAAUAAAGCAAUGAAGUCUAUAAAAGUGAAAGAGGAAAUAAAGAGUGAUUCUUCUCCCUUGCCCUCAGAGAAGUCUGAUGAAGAUGAUGAUAAGGAUGAAAUCACUUCUGUGAAACAUCCAAACAAAAAAAUUAAAACAGAAAGAGACAGUGAAGAAAAAACUGAGCCAGAUGUUUGUAUAAAGAAGGAACCAGAAGAAAAGAGGGAAGCAAAAGAAAAGGAAAAUAAAAGAGAACUUAAAAGGGAGAUAAAAGAAAAAGAGGAUAAGAAAGAUAUAAAGGAAAAAGAUUUUAAAGAGAAAAGAGAAAACAAAGUAAAAGAAGCUAUACAGAAAGAAAAAGACAUAAAAGAAGAAAAGCUGAGUGAAUCCAAGUCUGAAAGCAAGGAAAGACCUAAGAAAUCUUCAGUGUUGGAUGCUCCAGUUCACAUCACCGCAAGUGGUGAACCAGUGCCCAUAGCGGAAGAAUCUGAAGAGCUGGAUCAGAAGACAUUCAGCAUUUGUAAAGAGAGGAUGAGGCCUGUCAAAGCAGCAUUGAAGCAGCUUGAUAGGCCUGAGAGAGGCCUUUCGGAAAGAGAACAACUGGAACAUACUAGACAGUGCCUGAUAAAAAUCGGAGACCAUAUCACAGAAUGUCUGAAAGAGUAUACAAAUCCUGAACAAAUCAAGCAGUGGAGAAAAAACCUGUGGAUUUUUGUAUCUAAGUUUACUGAGUUCGAUGCAAGAAAAUUACAUAAAUUAUAUAAGCAUGCUAUUAAAAAACGGCAGGAAUCCCAGCAAAAUAAUGACCAGAACAGCAGCUUGAAUACGCAAGUGAUUAGAAAUCCAGAUGUGGAAAGAUUAAAAGAGAAUACAAAUCAUGAUGACAGCAGCAGGGACAGUUAUUCAUCUGACAGACACUUAUCUCAAUAUCAUGAUCAUCAUAAAGACCGACACCAGGGAGAUUCGUACAAGAAGAGUGACUCUAGGAAGAGACCUUAUUCUUCUUUUAGUAAUGGUAAAGAUCAUCGUGAUUGGGAUCACUACAAGCAAGACAGCAGAUAUUACAAUGAUAGAGAGAAACACAGAAAACUGGAUGAUCACAGGAGUAGAGACCACAGAUCAAAUCUGGAAGGAAGUUUAAAAGACAGAACUCAUUCUGAUCAUCGUUCUCAUUCAGAUCAUCGGUUACAUUCAGACCAUCGAUCAAGUUCUGAAUAUGCACACCAUAAAUCUUCCAGGGAUUAUAGGUAUCACUCAGAUUGGCAGAUGGACCAUAGAGCUUCCAGUAGUGGUCCCAGAUCUCCACUAGACCAGAGGUCUCCUUAUGGCUCCAGAUCUCCAUUUGAACACUCAAUUGAACACAAAAGUACACCUGAGCAUACCUGGAGUAGUCGGAAAACAUAACAAAAACUGAUACUGUCUUUCUGGACUUUUCUUUUAGCCAUAUAUCAUAAACCAACACAGUAAUUGCCUUACAUGACUUGAAAGAUAUAAACAGAUCUUCUGUCAGUAGCAGUAUUGUUACUUCUUUCCAGGAUGCAAGGUCUAUUAUCCCAACAGAAGAGAAAAUAUUUUUAUAUUUAAGGAUUAUGCUGCACUGUACUACAAAUAUUGUAGUACUAUUUUUUUUCUUUUUUAAAGAAAUGGAAAAUGUUUACUAUUACAGGGACCUCAACACUGCCCUUCCAUGUAGGCUGGAUAAAACUGUUUUUAAGUCAGUGAUUUUAGACUGACGUCCAUUUAAAUUAUGUUUGUAUAUGAACUUUACUCUUACCUGUGAUCAUGUUUCAGGAAGGAAUGAAAGAGAGUUCUUUUCUUAAUAAAGAAAACACACUCAAGGACUUUAUUCACUUUCCAAAGCUACUUGUUUACAUUGUACACUGCGACCACCUUGCCGCUUUUCAUCACAAGCUUGAAUAUUUAAAUUCUGUACCUAUAUCUGUAAAAUAGCCAGGAAUUUCCUGUUUGUGAUCUAUUAUUAUGCCUUUUUACACACACACAAACAAUGGCUGUAAAUUAUUGUAAAUGAAUUAAAUGAGCUUUCCUUACUUCCUUCCCCUUCUCAGGCUUUUUUUGACUGUUCCUU